AAAAUAUCUGAUCUCUCCAACUGGAAGGAAUCGUAGGAGCAGGAGUCAACUUAACUAGCCACUCCACUUCCACUCCUAUAAAUAACACACACCCAAAUCAACCCUGUCACCUAGGGUUUGUGGCGAUGGCGGAAGAAGCACAGUACUCAUCAGGAACCGACUCUGCGCCCCUUAAGCGCAAGUAUGAAGACCAAUCCACCCACAGGCCCACCGGUUUCUCCGCCCCUCUCUCUCCUCCUUCACCUGCCACCGGCAUCGAACUCGCCAAACAGCGUGCUCAAGAAGUCGCCGCUCGCCUCCUCAGUGGUGCUCCUCCUCUCGACGCUAAACGCCCCAAACCCGACAACGGUGCCCCUCCCACCGGCUUCGAUUCCCUUGAUGCAAAGCCUCAGUAUUCAGCUCCUUCUGCUGCUCCUGUCUCUUAUGGGCAUCAAGGUACGAGCAAGAAGAUAGACAUACCUAAUGGUAGGGUGGGUGUUAUCAUUGGCAAAGGUGGAGACACUAUUAAGUAUCUGCAGUUGCAGUCUGGGGCUAAAAUCCAGGUUACACGUGAUAUGGACGCUGACCCUAAUUCUUCGACUAGGAUGGUUGAGCUUAUGGGUACUCCUGAGGCUAUUGCCUCUGCUGAGAAGCUCAUCAACGAAGUUCUUGCUGAGGCUGAAGCUGGGGGUUCGGGCAUUGUUGCACGAAGAUUGACUGGGCAAGCUGGGUCUGAUGAAUUUGUUAUGAAAAUCCCAAAUAAUAAGGUUGGCCUUAUAAUUGGUAAAGGAGGAGAAACAAUAAAGAAUAUGCAAGGUUCAACUGGAGCAAGAAUUCAGGUGAUACCUCUGCAUCUCCCCCCAGGUGACACGUCAACAGAAAGAACAGUAAAAAUUGAUGGGACUCCGGAGCAGAUUGAAUCUGCAAAGCAGUUGGUUAAUCAAGUCAUCAGUGGUGAGAAUCGUCUUAGAAAUCCAGCAAUGUCUGGUGGAUAUCCUCAGCAAGGUUACCAAUCUCGACCACCCUCUAACUGGGCUCCGCCUGUUGCUCCAAUGCAACAACCUGGUUAUGGCUAUGUGCAACCUGGAGCAUACACUGGUCCAUCACCCCAGUACAACAUGCCUCAGCCACCAUACACAGGCUAUCCUCCCCAGCAAUCUGGUGGAUAUUCCACAAGUUGGGACCAGUCCACUGCAGCACCACACCAGCAGUCUACUCAUUCUGGUGGUUAUGAUUACUAUAGUCAACAGGCACAGCAACCACAAAAUCCUGGGGGUCCUGCCCCUUCAGCUGAUGGGUCCACGUACAAUUACAGUCAACAGCCUUCCUCUGGUUAUAAUCAACAGGGACAGGGUUAUGCUCAGGAUGGGUAUAAUGGAUAUAAUGCACCAUCCCAAUCAGGGUAUGGACAGCCACCGUCAUAUGAUCAGCAGCAAGGCUAUGGCUCAGCUACUGGAUAUGGUAGUGGGAGUAACCCAGCACAAGAGGGCCACACUGCUAACUAUGCAUCGCAGGGAGAUUCAGCUCAAGCUCCAUCCGUCCCACCGUCUACCAUUGCACAGCAAGGUUAUCCUACCAGCCAACAGCCAAGCUCAAACAAUGCCAACUAUCCACCUCAAGGAACUCCUCAGUCAGGUUAUGGGAUACCCCCUACCUCCCAAGCAGCUUAUGGCAAUCAACCACAGUCUGGUUAUGGAUCUGGUUAUGGACCCCCUCAAUCUCAAAAGCCAGCUGGCAAUCCACCUGUUUAUGGACAGUCACAGUCUCCCAGCACAGCAGGAGGCUAUGGUCAAUCAGCAUAUCCUGCCCAGCCUCCACCUUCUGGGUAUGCUCAACUGGAAUCUGGCCCUCAAAGAGCCCCACCAUCUGGUUUUGGUGGUGCAGUGCAACCAGGGUAUGGUCCUCAAUCAUAUGGUACUCCUCAGGGUGGUCAGCCUGGUUAUGGUCAGGCACCACCUCCAUAUGGUAACAAUUCUUAUGGUGCUGGUUAUACUCAGACUCCGGCAUAUACUAGUGAUAGUAAUGCCGGUGGAAAUAGUCGUGGAAGCUAUGAUGGUGCACCUGCCCCGGCUGUUCAACAGAGUGGUGUUGCUAAAGCAUCACCUCAGAGUUGAUAUUUUUGUGUUUGGUUUCUUUACUCCCUUAUGGGCUGGUUUUAUUAUGUUCUACCAUUUACUAUUGUAGGAGUGACAACUUUGUAGCAUUGCAUUGUUUAGAUGGAAGCAUUGGUGUAUUGAAAUUUUCUACUUGUAUUUUAUCGGAUGUCAGACUUGCCUUCUUUCUGUUAUUUGAUUAAUUGUAUUGACUCAUGCAGUUCGGCUUUGUUAUUUUUUCACGACCCAGUUUAUUCGAAACUCGGUUUUGAUCUGUUUAUAACUAUUUGGAAUAAGGAAUUGGGAGAAAGUGACGUCAUUUGAAAACUAUCAGGAUGAUAUAUAUAUAUAAAAUACAUGUAAUGUUGAGAAAUCGGUACACUUGUUGCGUUUUGCCUUUAUCAGAGGGUGUACGAGGAGGAUGCUCAAAUACCAUAAGUAACGACUCUCUGCAAGUGUAACACAAGGCAGGCUUAGAGAAGGGGGUAAGAAAUUUAAAUAAAGUAAAUCAUGAAUAUUGAUAUUGAUUUCAUGAAACGUCCGUGUGCUAAAUCCUACCCUCGGUUUUCUAUUUCGUUCUAGGGAUUUAAGAUAUCACGUCUUAUAGCAAAUUUUCGAUCAAAGAUUCUUGCGCAUAUGAAUUUUCCGUACGGUUAUUGAACCAAUACUUAAUAAGAAUCAAACAGUUUAUAAAGAAAUUGAAAUGUAGAAAGGAUGUAAAUAAAUAGUAUACAAAAUCCAACUUGUUCAGCGUUUAUCAUAGGUAAUCGAGUUAAACCCUACUUAUAAGAAUUGAACAGUUUGAGCAGAUAUUGAAAUGUAGAAAGGUGUAAAUAAAUAGUAUACAAAAAUUAACAACUUGUUCAAGGUUUAUUAUAGGUGAUCGAGUUAAUGCCUCUUGGCUCUGGAACUGAUUGCUGGUGACUAUUUCUUUGAAUACUCUAAAGUCGGCGUGCAAGUUCCCAUUAUGAUCAAGAGCAAAAAAUCCCUUCUUUAUAUCUGUGUUGUAUACUGUUGAGGUUGAAAUGAGUAAAAUGAAGGCAAAAAGACCAGGUAUACAAUGCUAUCGAAAGCUUCAACUAUAUAGCUUGCAGAUCAAAAUCAGCAAGCAGUUCCUAAUUUUUCUAAAUGACGUGAUUCCUGAAUGCCAUGAUCAUUUUUGGUGACAAGAACAAGAUAAAUGCCAAGAUUGAACCAAAGAACAUCUUAAUAAAAUAUCUAGCUGGGUCAUGAUCAACAUCUUCAGAGGUGCUGGUUGGUGCAUACAUUGCUCUUGCCGAUGGGAGAGCUUCUAUUACCGCAUCUGCCAAAUCUGUAAUAAAGGAAGGGUUAACACCAAGGGCAGGAACACGACCCCAAUUCUUGAUGCCAGAUUCAAGGGCCAAUUCCUUGUACUCCAUGUCAAUUUCUUCAAGGGUCUCAAUAUGCUCACUCACAAAACUGGGUACAAGAAGACAAGAUUACUUCCAUUCUCAAGGAUGUUUACAACUUUCAACAGUACAGUAACGAGUAACAAAUUGGAAUAUCCAUAUGCUACUGUCUAGAAUUUAAAUCAUCAAGAGUGGAAGAACAGUAAUAAUGUACCUUACUGGAACAGCUAAAAGACUCCUCACACCUUUUUGGCCUAGCUCAACAAGAACUUCAUCUGUAUACGGUUUCAGCCACUGUACAGGACCCACUCGACUCUGGAAAUCAGCCAACCAAAACAAAUGAUAUGAGAAAAAUAAAACAUCAUAGAAAGCAAGAAUACAAGCUAGCAAUUAAACAUGAAGUCACCAUUUAACUCGAUGUCAGAAAAGCAUGUCGAAAACAAACCUGAUAAG